CCCGGAGCCGAUCGAUCCAAGCCGACUCUGCGCUUGUCCUCUGGCGGUCCCUCUGGCCUGAGCCCGUCCCGAUGUCGUCGUCAUCAGCAGCGAUACAAUCAUCGGCCUCGGCGUUCGCAUUCAGGCUGGCGUGCGAGCAUGAUGUCCAUGCGCUGUUCGAGCUCUUCAUCAUGAGGGCCGAUGCUUCGUUCCAAGGAUUUGGAGCCGUCUGGAACGAGAUGGACUUUUCCAAGAUCCACCUCGCCUGCACCGACCGAAGCGGCCGUGCUGGCUUCAUGGACUCGCUUUAUCAAUCCAUCUUGGCCUGGCUGUCGCCAUCAUCGAUGCUGGUGGUCAGGCUCGGGGUCGUCUAUUUCAUCCAUCUGGCUUUCGGAACGCAGCCAGACGAUUCUGCCUUGGUCCCGGUUUCGAUAUCGCCCAACAAAUUUCAGAUCCUCAAGGAACUCUAUGAUACCUGCGCAUCGACGGGCCAGCAUCCCGAGGUGCUGACGAUCAUGGACAGCCUGGUGCAAAAUGACUGCUUCCUCUUCACCAUCCGUGCAGGCGAUGGUGUCGCCAUCGACUCGGGAUACGUCCCGCCUCUUCCCGAGAAGCUCUCGACAAUCCGAACCAAGGCUGCCUCGUAUUCAAUGGGCGGCUGCGAGAACGAGCAGAUGGCGCCGGCGAUCAAGAUUGCCCAAGACUACGAGGCCCUCAAAUCAAGCCUUUUGCGCUCAAGCUCCAGCCAAUCCCGGCUGGGGCUUACUGCCGAGUCCGUCUCUGAUCAGAUCCAGGAUAUCAUCGCAACUGCCGAGCAGCACAAGCUGGAGCGCAUCGCCCGGUAUCGCAACGGGCUUGCUCGAUCUGCGGCCCCACCUGUUCAGGAUCAAGCCGUCGAGCCCUGGGGAUCUGGCCAUGAGCUCGAGCACGGGCUGGGCUCAGAGAGCUCGGCCUGGCCGCUCGAGGGCUUCUUUCCGAGCGACAACGACACACCUGGCUCGCGCUUUGAGUUUGCCCUCGACGACCUUGGCGACUCUGGCGAGGGGCCUGCUUGGUUCGAGGAUGUGUAUGCUUUGGGGGAAAUGAGCGGCCCGUUUCCGUGACACUGGGGUCGAUCGUUGGAUCGUUUGCUGGACUGAGGGCUGGGUUGAUCAUUGGAAUGUGAGUGGGGUCGUUGCUGGAUCGUCGCCACAGCACAGCCCCAAACCCAGCAGGAGCGCAGCAGCCAGAAAAAAUGUGACUGGCACAUGAUCGCCAAAGCGCCCAGCCGCCCAAAUCCAUCUCGCCUUCGCACCUGUCGCUUUCCUGCUUGCAUC